GUUUUCACUUGACAGAUCAACAAAUACACACUAAAUUCUAGAAUUCCAAGAUCUUUACUAAUUUUCAAUAUAAGUACUUCAAAAUGAAAAAUAUCUAUAAAGCAUUGUCUGUACUGCUUGUACUGGCCUUAACAAUGCAGGCAUCUGCAGCAAGACUAAGAAACCGGCACAAUUAUUUGGAUUCCAAUGCCAAAAAGCUGGCAAAAAGAAUUAGUUCUCAGGAAAUGACACUGGAAGAUCUAAGGCAAGAGGUGAAGAAUCAGGGGGUUGAUGCGAAUCCCUCAGAUCAAAUUGAUGAGGAUGACAAGCCUGAAUUCUCAUGGAACCAAAUGAAACUACUCUUGGAAAUUUUUUUUGUUAAUACAAUUAAUGAGAAUGGCCAAGAGCAAGACUAAAGAUCAUGCUUGGAACAUCAAGGCUACAUUUACAUUUAGUGGUCAAUCAGAGCCUGCAGAGACACCAAAUCACACAUUUAAGAAACCUUUCCAAGAAACAAUUACAAAUAUCUACAUUUGUUAAGAACUUAUUGAAUAUUCUGUAUUAACAGUAAUAAAUUCUUCUACUAACAAUAAAAAAUAGAUGCC